GACAUUUGAGUCCAACAGCUCAAACCAUCAGAAUGAUGAGCUUAAAAGUUCUUUUUGUUGUGAUUUUAUCCUUUGCUUUGACAAUUUGUCGCCCUGCACCAGAUAAAGGUCCAUGGGAUGUUCUUGGAGAUUUAAUCAACAAAAUUCCGACUGUUCCAGCUAUUCCAAGCAUUCCAGCGAUCCCAACGAUCCCGCAGUUUCCAACAUUUCCGACUUCACCUGCUAAUCCUGGAUUUCCAACAUUUCCAAGUAACUUACCGACUGUGCCUACUUUCCCAAAUAAUCCAACGAUUCCAGAAUUUACGACACCUAAAAUGCCAUCAUUUCAUGACUUCUUUCCUACUUUACCGUGGCCUUUUGGGAGAUAGAUGAAUAUGAACAAUGGCUAUAGAGUCCAGUGGACCUUAAUGUUGUUUUCCCCCUCGUGUCUAGCUUGAAGUGCUGAUAUGUAACUAUUUUUCU